AUGUUGCAUUGGCAGGGCACACUGGAGCUGGCAGACUUGCCCCUACAGAAGGGCUCCGUGGAGCUCCUCAAGCAGAGAUGGGAAACCACCAGUGCUACAAGACCUGGUCUGAUGCUUCGGUACUCACCAGCCCCACCACCCCUGGUGCUGGAUAAGAUCAGCAGCAGCAGCACCCUGAAGAAGGUGCCAUCAGAGAGCAGGAGGGCAGAUGUGGUCAAGGAGGAGACCCUAGCUGGAUCUCAGCUAGUGGAGCACAUCUCCAUCACUGUGGAGGAGUUGCGGAGCCACUUUGAGGCCCUGGGUGGUAAGAAGGAAACAGAAAGUGAGAGAAGUUCACUUUCAUCAACAUUGAAGAGUCAGCCUGGGAGCCAUUCAGUGAUUCCUCAGGAGGAGUCUAGCGUGAAAAGAGGGAGAGCAAUCUUUGAAAAGAUGACAUCAGAAAAUGGCCAUAGCAACAGCUCUGAAGUGGGGUCUCGCAAACCUGUAAGAGGAGUAUCUAAAGAGAGCACUCCCAGGGCUGAUAACACACUGCUGGAUUUCCAGGAGGCUGUGCCCUUUAAAGAAAGAAUGGCUAUGUACAAGGCUGCUGCGUCCUUUGCUCAUGUUUCUCAUCAUGAGCAAGUUAUUCAUGAAAUAAAAAUGGCUUCUACAUUCACUCAGCAUGACACAGUAAUCAGUUCAGCUCAGAAUGAAGAGCUCCCAAAGACUGUAACACAGAUUUUGAAAGAGCAGAUUGAAAAGGCAGCUCAGGAAAAGGCUGUUCAACCUGACAGAGAGACUGCAACAUCUGCAAAAGAAGCAAAGAAACUGCAGAUUCAGGAAAUUGAAAUAUGCAAACUCUGUCAGCAGAGAGUUUACCCAAUGGAAUGUCUAGUUGCCGACAAGCAGAAUUUUCAUAAAUCUUGUUUUCGAUGUCAUCACUGUGGCAGUCAACUAUGCUUGGGAAAUUAUGCGUCUCUCCAUGGAAAAAUAUAUUGUAAACCCCAUUUUAAGCAACUUUUCAAAUCAAAAGGAAAUUAUGAUGAAGGUUUUGGACACAAGCAGCAUAAAGAAUUAUGGAAUUCUAAAGAUCAGCGCAGUUCAUUUGACAAUAUUCAUGCUGAAGAAACAAAUCCCAUUAACAGUAUACCUGUUGAUCCUAAACCAAUUACAGAAAUUGAUAAAGAGUUGCACUCAGGUACUGAAGGUGCUCAUCCUGAUACUUUGGAUGACAAUUUGAAGAAAUCCACAGAAAGAAGUAAAUUAAAGAUGACAUGGCCUCCUUCAACAGAUGAUGCAACAUCUAAGAAAACAUUUUCUGUUGAAGAAGCAGCUAAAGUAAAUAAGCCAAAGUGGCCCCCAGAAGGUUUUGCUCAAGAAGAUUCUAGUUUACAUACAAAUAAAUCUCUGGGCAACAAACAGGAGUCUGAGAAAAAACAUCCUGUGAUGGAGCAAAGUAAAAAUAAUACUGAAAAGGCACAACAAAAUCAACGUUCAUCCUUUAGUUACCUGUCUGAAAUAGAAGGUACAAACAUCUGUAAAGCAAAGAAAAAUGAAGCAGGCAAUAAGGGAAAUGAUGAAUCUGUGAAAGUGCAAGAUAAGCCGAAAAAACCAGAAGCAUCACAGAAUCGGGAGGAAAGGGGAAAGGAUAUAAAUCUACGUGGUAAUGCCAUUGUAGGCAGCACUGGGAAGGAGCAAGAGAAAAAAAUGAGUGAAACUGGUGCUUCAGAAGCUGUACAGGUUACUUACAUUGAUGAUGAUGAACCGAACUCAAAAGAUGAAGAUGCUGUUACCUCUAGUCUUGCUCAAUUUAGUAAUGAUGCCACUUGUCAGAAGUCUUGUACUAAUAGCACAUUAGUUUUAAAGGAGGCAACUAACACAACAUUGCCUGCUGAUAUUGAGUUGUCCAUAUUCAAAAACCAUGGAAAUUAUGAUACAGAACUGAACUAUAUUCAUGCCUGUCGAGAAAGUAAAAUAACCAAAGUGGCUAAGAAUGACAUAAACACAAGCUUAGAUUUUCUAAGCUCAAGACAUGCUGCUGUUCCAUCAUUACAAGGCAAGAAAGUCAAGUUCAAACAGCUCUCUGUAGAAGAAGAAAUUAAAAGAAAGAGAUUCUCGGAUGAAAAUUAA